UUCGGUUAGACUAUAUGGAGAAAGAACCUCUCUCUCGUUCUACGCAGCAUGGUGCGUGCUUCCGAGCUUCUGGGAGCGGGCGGGUUUCAGUGCUCUUCUGGAUCCCCCAGGCGACCAAAGCUCCUUUGUUCCAGCUGGAUCACCAAAGGGACAAGGUUCAGGAGAAGCCACACGCUCUCCCCGAGUCCCAAAAGGGUCCCUCUCCAAACUGCCUGAUUUCGCACCCGUGUCAGUAUCCGUACUUAGGCUCCUCUUCCACUUUUUUCCCUCGCAUCCAGACUCUGUGUCCUUUUUUCUUCGUGUGUCCAAACUUCGCGCCGGAAUCAGGUUGCCUGUAUACUUUACCCUCGCCAACCCGUACUUAUCGUCCCUCCUUGGUCCCUUGUUGUAAAUACGCUUCCCCUCACUCAUCAUCUCUUGGCCGCUUGAUCACGACAUCCCAAGCUACCACCUCCUUUCUCUCUACGCGAAGCGACUUUUCCAUCACACAUACACACACAUACACAGCCAUCAUCAACAUGCGCGUGUCCGCCACUACCCUUCUUGCGCUCCCGCUGCUCGCGACAGCGGCCGAGUCGCCCUUUGAGCAGUACAAGGCACAGUUCCAGAACUUCCUGAGCUCCUUUGGCGCCUCCGCGCCCAGCGCUGAGAAAGCGGCCACCCCCGAGGCCGCCGUGCCUGAUGCGACCGCCGUCGACAAGCAGAUCUCCGUCUUGACCGUCGAGAACUGGAAGGAUGUUCUCUACGAGCCCGUCAAGGCUGAUGCCACUACCCCUGAGGAGUGGUGGGUUCUGAUCACUGGUCGUAACAAGACCUGCUUCGGCCACUGCGAUAAGAUCGAGACUGCCUUUAACGAGUCUACCAUCAAGUUCGCCAAGCUACCCGAAUCCCCUCACCUGGGUCUCCUUAACUGCGACGACCAGCCCGUCCUCUGCAACGCGUGGUCUGCCGGCACCGCCUCCAUCUGGUCCAUCGGUCUGUUGCCCCCUGGAGCGGACGUCGAUGUCUACAGGAAGCGCCUGAACAUCACCACCACCACCUCGGACGACAUUGUCGACCUGUGGAAGGCGCAGUCCAAGGAGGAGUGGAUCCUGACGGAUAACAUUUUCCACCCCUUCAACAGCUGGAUCGCCAAGAACAACCUGUCUGUCCCCGUUGGCUACAUCUUCUGGGCCUUCAACCUGGUCCCCAACUGGCUCUUCAUGAUCCUCGUCUCCUUUGGCAGCCGUACCCUGAUGAACCGCCGCAUGGGCAACACCUUUGACAACCGCGCCGCUGCCGCUGCCGGUGGUGCUCCUCCCGCUGCUGCCGCCCCUGCUGGUGGUGUUGCGCGGUAAAGGGGUGGCGUGGCUUUAGGAUAGGCAGUUGAAGAGAGGCUGGAGGGCACAUUGGCAUGGUUUUGGAUAUCCAGACAAAUCCGCGGGCCGUUGCAACGAUGCAACUGAGAUCCCUGGUCGUUUGGAUUAGAUAGGGCCAAAUUAGUAAUCUUUAGUUGAUCAACUUUUCCCGUCGCAUGCAUCUUGGAC